AUGCGCGAGGCGGGGACCCCUGUGACUGGAGAUGCACACCUUGCCCAUCAUGGGCGCCAAGCUUUGGGCUCACCAAGCACGCCUUGCCACGCACCGUGCCGCACUCUGCCGCACGUGCCUGCAACGCCCUUCUGCCCGCCCAGCCGCGCUCUGUCACGCGAGCCUGCUGCGCCCUGCAUGCCUGCCACGCACUCUGCCACCACGCCUACUACGCACUCUGCAAUUACGCCUGCUGCUGUGCCUGCCACGCGCCUACCGUGCGCUCUGGCUCAGUACCUCUAUCUGUCGUCUCCUCCGCCUGUUGCUCUCCCCUCUCAUCUUGCAGCUAUGCCCCUGCUCACUUCUGUCAUGGGGUUUGAGUUCGUCAUGCGACUCAAUGUGGAGGGGCGGGCAAGCGACUUACAUGCAUGGCUGCUCAAUGCCAAGCUCCACCUGCAGAGGCAGUUCCAGGACGAUGCCUACCUGUACGCCAACGUGUCAGAUCAGCUACAUACCCUCCCCCGUCCUACUGCUCUUGCUGCUGGCACCACCUCGAAGGAGUAG